AUGAGCAGACGAUACAUCUACGCUUAUUUUCCACGACUGAACUACAACGAUAUCUUCCCAGAUCCGCCAUCACUGGACAACAAAUUACGAUAUCCUUUCUAUUCGUUAAAUGCAUUCCCUGUAGCAUAUCCCCAAUUCAACGACCUAUCAACUAAGCGACAGUUAAAUUAUUAUCGAAGGCAUGACAAGGAGUUUGUUAACUGA